CGGAUCACCAUGAUGGAGAGCAACAUGAUGUCACGGUACGUCUCAGAGUUCCUGGAGCUGGAGAAGAUCGGCUGUGGAGAGUUCGGAGCCGUGUUCAAAUGUGUGAAGAGACUCGACGGCUGCAUCUACGCCAUCAAGAGAUCCAAGAAGCCUCUGGCAGGAUCCAUAGACGAACAGAACGCUCUGCGGGAAGUCUACGCUCACGCUGUUCUGGGUCAGCACCCCCACGUGGUUCGGUAUUACUCGGCCUGGGCGGAGGACGACCACAUGCUGAUCCAGAACGAGUACUGCAACGGAGGAACGCUGUCCGACGCCAUCUCUGAAAACUACAGGAGGCUGAGCUACCUGACGGAGCUGGAGCUGAAGGAUCUGCUGCUGCAGGUCACACGGGGACUCAAAUACAUCCACUCCACCACGCUGGUGCACAUGGACAUCAAGCCCAUAGUCCCAAUUCAGCAGCACCAGAUUGUGGUGCAGAAAGCAGACUGCUACGAGGCUCCACUAGCAGCAGUCCCAGUCAGGUCCCAUGGAGGUCCCCCGGAAAGGGAGGGACUUCGCCUCCAUGUGCACAUGACA